AACAGAAACCCCAAUACCUAUUUAUCCAAAAAUAUUUACACAUUUUUCUGGGCAACUAAACAAACUCAUCAAACGGCAAAACCCCAAACCGCCCAACACCCAAGAAGUAACGGAGAAAAAAAAAAACCCAAAAAGAAAAGAAAAACCCACAAAUCUUAUCACCUACUUCAAGAGCGGAACGACCUCCGAGAGCGGCGUGGACAGCGGGGUUGGCAGCGGCGAGUUCCUUCAAACCGGGCACGAGCCGUUCAGCUUCAGCCAGGCGUCGAGGUGUGUGGUUGCUGCGGUGGUGGUGGUGGUUGCUGUUGGGGGCACUGGGGGAGUGGUGGGAGCGGCAACAGAGAUAGGAGGCGAGGAGGAUGAUGUAUGAGACUUUGCGAGAGAGCUUAGGCUGGGUUACGAAUCUUAUAGUUUUUGGUUGAAUCUAUGGGUUUUCUACGAUAAGGCUCAUUUGGAGUUGAAAUCGAGGGCUUCUAAAUGGAAGGAGUCGAUCGAGUUUUGUUUUUAGGGUUUUGGGUUGAUUCGAAGUUCUUGCGUUUACUUUAAUAAUUUUCGCUACGGUAGUGAUGGAUAAUGGGUUCACUGCUUUGAAUUGUACCAUGGGCAUUUCUGUGAAGAAUUAGAGGAUUUUCGGGCUCACCGUUAAGGCCAGAGAGAGAGACAGAGAGAGAGUCGUGGGGAGACACAGAUUUCGAGCAUGGACCUAGACGACAUAGACGCGCUGGGCCAUGUUCCGUCUCGUAUCUCAAGAUUCGCGCCGAAAUCCUUCAAGCCGAAACCGAAACCGAAAUUCGAACCAAGCUUGAAACCGGAGCCCCAAGAGCCCGUACCAAAACCAGAACCCCUUGAAGUCGAUGCUGCCACUACGACUAAGAAGGAAGAAGAAGAAGCAAUUGGCGCUAAGGCCGAAGCAUCCUUGGCGUCGAAUGGCGCCGUAAAAACGGAUACCCAAGCCAAGGUAGAAUCAAAGGAAGAUGAUCCCAUGGAUGAAGACGACGUCGUUGUUCGCGAAAUCGACGUCUUCUUCAAUCCUUCCUUGGAUGACGACACUAAGCUGUAUGUUAUGCAAUAUCCACUGAGACCGUCCUGGCGUCCGUACGAAUUGGAUGAUCGUUGCGAAGAGGUUAGGGUGAAACCUGUGAGUACACAAGUGGAAGUUGAUUUGGCUCUUGAUGUUGAUUCCAAGAAUUAUGACCAAGAUUUUGGUGACCGGCUGAGGAUGACCAAGCAGACUUUGUCAUCAUCAUGGAAGGUGCCACUCACAACUGGCUAUGCUAUUGGUGUUCUGAUGGGUAAUAAGUUACACCUGAAUACACUUCAUGCAGUUGCGCAGCUCCGGCCAUCAUUGGAACACCUGAAGUCUUGUGGCUCAAAAAGGAAGAACAAUGUUAAAGUUAAUGCAGAAGCUACAGUUAAAUUGGAAGAAUCCUCUGAAGAAAAAUCUGUUGGUCCAUCUAAGAAGCAGAACAAGCGGAUGGAGCCUUCAACUGACAAGAAAACUGACGAUGAAGAGUCUUGGGUUCCUCUCAAGUAUCAUAGUUCAGAGAGUGAUUUCUCUGCCAGAUAUUUACAAAGAAUGGUGGCACAAAAAAGCUCUCCUAUACAAUUUAUGAUGAAUCCGUUUGACUAUGUUGACUCCUUCUGUCGCGGGGCACCUAACAACAUUAAACCCAAAGGUCCUUCACGAAGGUAUUUGCACACACUCCCUCUGGAAGAACGCAUCAAGAAACUGCUCUGUGAGGGACCUCCAGUUCACCGAUUCACAUUUCUGAAACACUUUGCUCCAGACUACUCCAAUGAAGAAUUUUUGCAAGUCCUUCAGAAGCAUGCUCUACUGGUACAAGGCCUUUGGGCUCCAAAAAGUCCAUUGCUAAUUCCUGAGGGUGGUGAAUCAUCCUUAGCUAGGGAUUAUGUCCUCCUUUUAUUCAGCAAGAAUAUAGUAAUUUCACAAUCAGAUAUCCCAACAAUUCUUAAGAAAACAAUGAACAUCUUCCUGGAUGCUCUCGCCAUCAAAAGAUCUUCCCCUACAUUUAAUGGUUGGAAAUUGAAAGAGCCUGCUGAUGCUUCAUUUAUAAAACUCUAUCCAGAAAUUGUUGAUGCGCAAAAAGAGAUUUGGAACAAUAUUGAAAGCAAGUUAUAUGGUUGUAUUGGAGGUAAAAGAGGUGGGCCUCGGGAAAAGAAUGCUGUCUCAAAGCCUAUUAUGACUGGUAUGCCUGGAAAAACUGUGAGCUCCGAUAAAAGUGUUACAAAAAUUGCAAGUAGAGUAUCUAGUGGGAGGAAGACCAUGUUAGAAGAAACUCGAGAAGCUCUACCAAGGGUCCUGCCAAAAGUUUUUCAAACUCACAAGGUUUGCAGGUCAUGAAUGAUAUUUGUGUUUCCAAAGGUUCUGCAUGGGUCUUGAAAAGUGGUGAUGGAGGUUCAAAAUGAUACUGCACUGUUCAUUGGAUUAGUAACAAAAAUUAUUUGAAGCUGCUUGUUCUCUGCCACAAGAGAUCUGUGGGGAUACUCCGCCGCUUCUUGCACUCCCUAGUACCUGCAUGAAAAUGUUUUAGAUGUGUAGGUGUCUCUGGUCGUUUCUGCUCUUGCUUUCAUAAGAAUGCUAAGAACAAUUUUUGGCUUUAUGACGGAUCCAGAAGAUUGACUACUAUUGUGUCAACUUGUGCUGUUUCUUCGCUGCAGAGGGUGCUCAGCUGCUUAAUUGGAAACGAAGUUUCACUUGUAGCGGGGUUAUGCCUAAAAGACACAAAGCUUUGAAUGUGUUUAAUACCAAACCACAAUUAAUUGUUACCAUUUGUAUAUAGUAUGAGCAGUACCAGAGGAUGGUGGGUGAUUUUGGGACAAGGUUAGUGAAAUGGAGGUGAGUGAUUUUAUGGUCAGAAUUUAAUGUUGUAUUUAACGGUGUAGAUAAUAUCAUGUGAUAAUUAUGCUGGCACACCAUUCAAAAAAUUUAAGUGAUGUGACAUCAUUUAUACCGUUAUAUGUAAUAACAUUAAAACAUAAUAAAUUGACUUAUCGAUUGAAGGUUAAA